AUGUCAGCGCCGCCGCCCCUGCAGAUCCGCGAGGCGAACGCACACCUGGCUGCGGUACACCGGCGCGCGGCGGAGCUGGAGGCGCGGCUGGACGCGGCCGAGCGCACGGUGCGCACCCAGGCCGAGCGCCUGGCCCGCCACGACCAGCAGCUGCGCGCCGCCCUAGACGAGCUGGGCCGCGCCAAGGACCGUGAGAUUGCCGCUCUCCAGGAGCAGCUGCUGACCUCCGAGGCUACUGUCCAGAGUCUGCAGGCUGCCGUGUGCCAGAGGGACAAGCUCAUCAGGCAGCUGCAGCCCCGGGCUGAACUGCUGCAGGACAUCUGCCGCCGCCGGCCACCCCUGGCAGGGCUGAUGGCCACCCUGGCUGAGGCUGAGCGCCUGGGGCCCCUGCCGGCCAGUGACCCCAGUCACCCACUCCCUGGUGGGCCCAGUUCACACCUUGCCAACAGUACUGGGGAGGAAGAGGACAGGGACCACCUCCAGCCUGCUGUGUUUGGGACCACUGUGUGA